CGCUGCCCGGAGACCCCCUGUGAAGAAAACCCAGCGCUUGCUUGCUCCGACCCGAACUAUAUAUCCAAGCAGGGCGAAACGAUCGAUCGAGCUUAGCCCAGUGGUCGGUUAUUCGUCAAAAAUGGCCUUGUCGAGGGCGCAGACGAACCACGGCGAGUCCCUCAUCUCGUCCACCUUCGCGUCGCGGUACGUGCGCGCGGCGCUGCCGAGGUUCAAGAUCCCGGAGCAGUCCAUCCCCAAGGAGGCGGCGUACCAGAUCAUCAACGACGAGCUGAUGCUGGACGGGAACCCGCGCCUGAACCUGGCCUCCUUCGUCACCACGUGGAUGGAGCCCGAGUGCGACAAGCUCAUCCAGAACUCCAUCAACAAGAACUACGUCGACAUGGACGAGUACCCCGUCACCACCGAGCUCCAGAACCGGUGCGUGAACAUGAUCGCGCAUCUCUUCAACGCGCCCAUCGGCGACGACGAGACGGCGGUCGGGGUGGGCACCGUGGGCUCCUCGGAGGCCAUCAUGCUGGCCGGGCUGGCUUUCAAGAGGAAGUGGCAGAACAAGAUGAAGGCCGCGGGCAAGCCCUUCGACAAGCCCAACAUCGUCACCGGCGCAAACGUCCAGGUUUGUUGGGAGAAGUUCGCACGGUACUUCGAGGUGGAGCUCAAGGAGGUGAAGCUCAGGGAAGGGUACUACGUCAUGGACCCCGAGAAGGCCGUGGAGCUGGUCGACGAGAACACCAUCUGCGUCGCCGCCAUCCUCGGCUCCACCCUCAACGGCGAGUUCGAGGACGUCAAGAUGCUCAACGAUCUGCUCGUCGCCAAGAACGCCGAGACAGGGUGGGACACGCCGAUCCACGUGGAUGCGGCGAGCGGCGGAUUUAUCGCGCCGUUCAUCUACCCGGAGCUGGAGUGGGACUUCCGGCUGCCGCUGGUGAAGAGCAUCAACGUCAGCGGGCACAAGUACGGCCUCGUCUACGCCGGCGUCGGCUGGGUGGUCUGGAGAACCAAGGACGAUCUGCCUGACGAGCUCAUCUUUCACAUCAACUACCUCGGUGCAGACCAACCAACCUUCACGCUCAACUUCUCCAAAGGUUCGAGCCAGAUCAUUGCGCAGUAUUAUCAGCUCAUCCGUCUCGGAUUCGAGGGUUACAAGGACAUCAUGCAGAACUGCCGUGACAACGCGACGGUGCUCCGGGAGGGCAUCGACAAGAUGGGCUACUUCGACAUAGCGUCCAAGGACUCGGGCGUGCCGCUGGUGGCCUUCUCCCUCAAGGACUCGUCCCGGUACACCGUGUUCGAGGUGGUCGAGAGCCUGCGCCGCUUCGGCUGGAUCGUCCCGGCCUACACCAUGCCCGCCGACGCCGAGCAUAUCGCCGUGAUGCGCGUGGUGAUCCGCGAGGACUUCAGCCGCGGCCUCGCCGAGCGGCUCAUCACCGAUCUCAACAAGGUGAUGGGGGAGAUGGACACCCACGCAAAGAAGCACGUCGCCGCCGAGCCGCCGGUGGCCAAGAAGACGGUGCACGAGAUCGAGAAGGAGGUGGCCACAUACUGGCGGAGGCUUGUCGACAGGAAGAAGAGCAGCCUUGUUUGCUGAUAUAGCGGUGCGAGGGCGCUAGCUGGAGCGUACGUGCGCGCAGGAAUAAUAAUUCUUGGCCCUACCGAGAUCUUUCUUCGGCGUCAGCUUGUUCGUUUCUUCUUCUUCUUCUUCUUCUUCUUCUUCUCUUUUUUCCUUUCAUUUUGAGAUUCGUUUUGCUGCUAGCUUAAUUUUGUGCCUGUUCAAAACGGAACACAUACCUUUAAAAAAAAAACCGGAACACACAGGGAAAUUUUGUGUAGGG